AUGGAAAGACGAAGCAGUCGUUUAGCAAAUUUCCAAGUCAAUCAAGACCAAAAUUUGGAAUGGCCUGAUGUAAGAAAUCUUAACCUUGCACCAUCUUCUAUGAUGGAUGAAUUAAAUCAUAUACUUGAACCUACACCAUCUACUAUGAUGGGUGAAUCGCAACCGAUUAAAGGUGUGUUGACUAUGAUUCAAGAAGCUGAAUUGGAGAAAAACAUCAAAAAAAGUGACAAACCGAAUAAGAAACAUACACCAACUAAGAUUGUAAGGAUUAAUUCUAUACAACCAAAUGUACCAAAUAUCAAAAGAAUUAAAUGCAUUGGACUUGAAUCUACACAAGGAGAUUUAAGCGCCGCUGUUUGUUCAGAGGGCUUUGACGACGCUGUGGAGGAACGUAUUAUCAAUGAGGAAUAUAAAAUAUGGAAGAAGAAUACACCAUUUUUAUACGAUCUUGUGAUGACACAUGCUUUGGAAUGGCCUUCUUUAACGGCUCAAUGGCUGCCCGAUGUCACCAGACCUGAAGGAAAAGAUUAUUCAAUCCACAGGUUAAUUUUAGGCACUCAUACUUCAGAUGAACAAAAUCAUUUGCUCAUCGCCAGUGUCCAGCUGCCGAAUGAAGAUGCCCAAUUCGACGCUUCUCAUUAUGAUAAUGAAAAGGGUGAAUUUGGUGGAUUUGGUUCUGUGAGUGGCAAAAUCGAGAUCGAGAUUAAGAUUAAUCAUGAGGGUGAAGUUAAUAGAGCGCGAUUCAUGCCACAAAAUCCGUGUGUAAUCGCAACAAAAACUCCCUCGAGUGACGUGCUUGUAUUUGAUUACACCAAACAUCCCAGUAAACCGGAUCCCAAUGGAGAAUGCCAUCCGGAUUUGAGAUUGCGAGGACAUCAAAAGGAAGGCUACGGACUUUCAUGGAAUCCGAAUCUCAAUGGAUAUUUACUUAGUGCGUCUGACGACCACACGAUUUGCUUGUGGGACAUCAAUGCCACACCGAAGGAAAAUCGCGUUAUCGAUGCGAAAACUAUCUUUACAGGGCACACAGCCGUAGUUGAAGACGUUGCUUGGCAUCUGCUACAUGAAUCAUUAUUUGGUUCAGUCGCUGACGAUCAAAAGCUCAUGAUCUGGGACACUAGAUGCAACAAUACUAGUAAACCAAGUCAUACUGUUGAUGCUCAUACCGCUGAGGUAAACUGCUUGAGUUUUAAUCCGUAUUCUGAAUUUAUAUUGGCUACUGGCAGUGCUGACAAGACUGUGGCACUUUGGGAUUUGCGAAAUCUUAAAUUGAAGUUACAUUCAUUUGAGUCGCACAAGGAUGAGAUCUUCCAGGUCCAAUGGUCACCACAUAACGAAACUAUAUUAGCAAGCAGUGGCACAGAUAGACGAUUACAUGUUUGGGAUCUCAGCAAGAUCGGCGAGGAGCAAUCCAGCGAAGAUGCUGAAGAUGGACCACCAGAACUUCUGUUUAUACAUGGAGGUCAUACUGCGAAAAUAAGCGACUUUUCAUGGAAUCCGAAUGAACCGUGGGUCAUAUGCUCAGUAUCGGAAGAUAACAUAAUGCAAGUGUGGCAAAUGGCGGAGAAUAUUUACAACGACGAGGAACCCGAGACACCUGGAAGUGAGAUUGAAACUGGUGGCUCAUAACGUGAAAUAUAAUUCAUCAAAUUGUUUUGAGCUAUCGUCACCCCCCAACUGAGGAUAAGCGCACCCUCGUUGCGCCAUGUUGUUGAACAUCUUGGUGUAACGAGCAUGAAGACAUUCCUUUUCACCAAAGAACAAUAAUUCUUGCUUUUUAUAAUUCGAUCGUACAAAAGAUGUAAAUAACAAAAAAGAAAGAUUCCAUUGUUCAGCGAAUGUAUGCCAUUUUAUCGGAUUUGACUAAACAUAUUUUUCCAAAAUUUUGAAAAAAAUUACGAAUAACUUUAAAUAUUUUUGAAAGAAUAAGAAUAGCGAGUAUUAUUGUUUUACGGUGACGAAUUGGCUAUGUAAACAAGAAAUUAAAUUAGCUAGCUAGCUAAAUAGUUAGCAAUAAUAAAAUAACUGCUAGUUACACCCUUUAUGAGCCAUCCUCGUACGAAGGCACUAUUUCUCUGUCACAGUGAAUAAGAGAACUCAAAUGACAUUAGGGGAUGCCAAGUACUUUUUCUACUUCGUUUUAAGCGUGAAUAAAGAAAUUAUGUAAACUCGA